GCGCUGGCUAGUCAGUGCGGUGCAGCAACGCAGCACAAAUCGUGAAUGAAACAAUUGACGCUCAAUCAAAACACGCAGGAUUCGCGGCCUGCUAGACCGCGAUAAAAAAUCCUUUGAUCUUCGAAACGCGUGUGUGACAGGUGGUGAAUUUGAGUGCUAAGAUGGGCACCACUUUGAAGCUAUACACAAAGGGAGCCAAAGUAUGGAUUCCUCAUCCAGAAUUAGUAUGGGAAGGCGUCGAGCUUCUAGAGGACUAUUCCCCCUCCACCAGCAAAGAUGGACUGCUCGUUCUAUCAGAAUCCGGCCAACAGAAGAGACUCCCUGUAAAACAAGAAUCAGAUCUUCCUCCACUAAGGAACCCCGCCUACCUCGUAGGAGAAAAUGACCUCACGACACUGUCCUACCUCCAUGAGCCUGCAGUCCUUCAUAACCUCCAAGUUAGGUUUUGCCAGCAAAGGGGAGUGUAUACAUACUGUGGGAUCGUGUUAGUUGCCAUCAACCCCUAUGAUGAGCUCCCUAUUUAUGGGCCAGAUACAAUUUCAAGCUACCGCUGCCAUUCCAAGGGUGAGCUGGACCCCCACAUCUUCGCAGUAGCCGAGGAGGCCUACGCAGAGUUGGAAAGGGCUAGAAGGGACCAAAGUAUCAUCGUUUCAGGGGAGAGUGGGGCAGGAAAGACAGUGUCUGCAAAGUACGCCAUGAGGUACUUCGCGGCUAUUGGAGGGGAGGGACAGUAUAACGACGAUGGAGGGGGGAUGCCGUCUCUUGCAGUUGGAGGGGAGGAGACUCAGAUCGAGACGAAGGUGUUAGCUAGCAGCCCUAUUAUGGAGGCAAUCGGAAACGCGAAGACAACAAGAAACGACAAUAGUUCAAGAUUUGGAAAAUUUAUCGAACUUCGGUUCAAUAAUCAAUUCCACAUAAACGGGGCUUCCAUGAGAACGUACCUGCUGGAAAAAUCAAGAGUUGUCUUCCAAGCUCCGGAUGAAAGGAACUACCAUAUUUUUUAUCAGUUGUGUGCUGCAAGAGAUAGGUUGAAGCAUCUGAGCUUAGAACACCAAAACAAUUUUUCCUACCUGAACCAAGGAGAGAGUCCAGAUGUGACAGGAGUAAACGACCUUGAAGCGUUCGAGGAAACUGUCAACGCUCUCAACAUGUUGUGUUUUACCGAAACAGAGCAAGAUGAUAUGUUCAAGAUAUUAGCGGCCAUACUACAUUUAGGAAACAUUAGCUUUAAGAAGUGUCUAGUCAAAAUGGAUAAUGAACAAGGUCAAGAAGGUUGUAAAAUGGAGGAGACAAAUAAAUACAUGAAGAAGUUUGCCGAACUUCUCCAGAUAGACGAAGAAGAAAUGAGACAGUGGCUGUGCACCAGGAAGUUGGUCUCGAUGAGGGACGUUUUCCUAAAACCGAUGUCCGUAGAAGAAGCCAUAAUAUCCAGGGAUGCUCUGGCGAAGCAUAUCUACGCAGAGCUGUUCAACUGGAUUGUGUUGGUUAUAAACAAGGUGCUGGAGUCCAACUUGCCUAAACAUAAGUUUAUAGGCAUUCUGGAUAUAUAUGGUUUUGAAACAUUCGAAACGAACUCUUUCGAACAGUUCUGUAUUAACUACGCCAACGAAAAAUUACAGCAACAGUUCAACUUACACGUAUUCAAACUAGAACAGGAGGAGUAUAUAAAAGAGGGCAUCGCAUGGAAAAUGAUUGACUUCUGUGACAAUCAACCAUGUAUUGAUUUGAUAGAGGCGAAACUGGGGAUUCUGGAUUUACUCGAUGAAGAAUGUAAGAUGCCUAGAGGAACAGACGCCACAUGGACAGAAAAACUAUACUCUAAAUGUGCGAAAUACCCCCACUUUUCAAAAGGACGUUUUGGUUCAUCGUGCUUUGUUAUAGACCACUUUGCAGAUAAAGUCCAAUAUAACAGCAGCGGUUUCUUAGAAAAGAAUAGAGAUACUGUUAUGGACGAUCAAAUCAGCGUGAUCAAAAGGAGUAGGAACCAUUUGGUGAAAACUUUAUUUGCUUCGGAUGCUCAGAAAUUAGCACCACCGGGUACAAAAUUGAAAAUCUCUUCUGCCAAACCUGCUCCUUCCGCCCAGAAAACGCACAAAAAGACCGUGGGGUCCCAAUUUCGAGACUCGCUGAACAUGCUUAUGGCAACCUUGAACUCAACGACGCCGCACUAUGUGCGUUGUAUCAAGCCAAAUGACUCCAAGAGCGCGUUCGAUUACAAUCCGACAAGGGUGGUACAGCAACUUAGAGCGUGUGGAGUAUUGGAAACCAUCAGGAUAUCGGCGGCUGGUUUCCCGAGUCGGUGGACCUAUGCCGAUUUCUUCUACAGAUAUCGCCUACUAUGCAAGUUUAAAGAUAUUGACGAAAACAACAUUCAAGACACUUGCAAGAAAAUCCUGAAUCAGUACAUUAAGGAUCCCGACAUGUACCAGUUCGGCAAGAACAAAAUUUUCUUCAGGGCUGGACAAGUAGCUUAUCUGGAGAAAUUGAGAACUGAUAAGCAGAGGCAAUGCUGUAUAAUGAUACAGAAAACGAUAAGAGCUUUCAUAUACAGGAGAAGGUAUAUGAAGAUGAAGAAGUCUGCCAUGUUGAUUCAGAGAUAUGGAAGAGGCUUUUUGGCAAGAAGAUUGGCUCAGAGCAUCCGAGAACAGAGAGCAGUUAUUACAAUCCAAAGAUACGUCCGAGGAUUCCUUCAAAGGAAGAAAUUUCACAGCAUACAUCGGUGUAUCGUGGGGAUUCAAAAGUAUGCCAGAGGUUAUUUGGCAAGGAUACGGUUUCUACGUAUCAAAUACAAUGCCAAAGCUAUCGUCAUCCAGAGAUAUAUCAGAGGUUACUUGGCACGUGAAAGAUACAAAGCGAAGCUCCGAAAAAUCAUCAUCUGUCAAGCAGCUGUUCGAAGAUACCUCGCUAGAAAACAAUACAAGAGAUUGCGAGUUGAAGCGCGGUCUAUUGAACAUGUUAAGAAACUCAACAAGGGACUGGAGAAUAAGAUUAUCAGUUUGCAGCAGAAGUUAGAUGAGAUGAAUAAAGUCAAUGUGGAGCUCAAGAAUUACCAAAAUGAAGUACUGGAGCUGAAAAACAAAAUGGUAACGUUCAAAGCGAUGGAAAUAGAAAUAAAAAAUCUCAAUAAUUUGGUGGUAGAAAAGAACAAGUUCAUAGAUAAACUAAAGGAGGAGAUUGUGCAAGAGAAAGAAGAAAAGAUAGACCUGAUACACCAAUUAGAGCAAUACAAAGAGGAGAGGGAAAUGUGGACCCAAGAAACGGCAAAAUUGAGGAACGAAUUAGAAAACAUCAACGAAAUAGUUCGUAUGAACGAGAAGGGUGCUGAAGAAAAAUUGAAGAUCCACAUUAAAGAACAAAAACUGAUGAUGCUACAAGAGGCCGACGAUUCCCGCGAGUCAUACCAAAGAUUGCUUCAGGAGUAUAAUCAGCUGGAGCAGAAAUACGAAGAUUUGAAGCAGCAGGUGAUGGUAAAUGGUGUGAAUGGAAAACCGGUGUACUUGGGCGAAGAUCAAGGAUAUGGAUCAACCAGGUCUACGGCUAGCAGUGGUGCCAGGGAGAGGUUGGAUAAUAUUACAUGGAGGGUCGAGAGCGCCUCGGCCAGCGAGACUCACUCUCCGCCUAGCGCUAGUCUGACCGCCUCCGAUGUGGAAACGGUCGCCCCCAGCGAGUCGAUACCACCUGCUGACGUCGGCCUCGUGUUGAAACUCCAACACCGAUUGGCUGAAGUAGAGCGAGAGAGGGAGAGAAUGCAACGGCGAUUGGACGAACUUGACAGCUCGCCCAGAGUGGAGGAAGCUGAGGCGGCAGCAAGGAUAUCCGAGCUGGAGUUGGUUAAUGCGCAGUUGAGGUCGCAGCUGAUCGAGUUGCAGAACAGUAUUAAUGAGGGUACAGGUCUUUCAAAACUACAUGAACAGCUAGUUGAAAUGAGACAAGAACUAGAUAGAAAAACAGAAGAAAUCAUUCAACUCAAGGGAGUCUUGGCUAACCAGACCAAAAAUAUGAAGACACUGUUCAGUUCAAGAUCCAGAACAGGUGAAUACAUAAAUGAAGAUGGAGAACUGGCUCAAGCUUACGAAACUCAAAAAACCAUCAACAAACAACUAGAGUUGGAACUUCAAGACGAAAAAGCAAAAUACAAAGCUCACGAGAAAGAGUACAAGUUAGAAAUUGAGAAACUUCGCGAAGAUAAUGAGAGACAGCAGAGAAUUCUUUCUGCGAAUCUGACAAACACUCCACAAGCUCAGAAUGAGGCUUAUAUGCAUUUGGAAAUUACUAGGUUAACGACAGAGAAUCUUCAGCUAACUGAAAGACUCGACACUCUGAACGAAACAGUGAGAAAGCUGAAGAGACAAAUCAAGAAUCUGACAAGGAAAUUGAAAGACACUGGUGUGGACUAUGACAGUUCAGUGUUCAAUCCAGAAGACGAGAUUGUUGCUAACGGCAUUGGACCUUGCAUAAGGAAAAAAGAAAGGGAAUAUCAAGGAAUGUUCUCAUAUAAAUUUGGGGAGGAGAAUGUUAUUAUGAAACGAUUAGUCAUAGACUUGAGUCCACGGACCGCCAUAAAACUACUUCCUGGUCUGCCAGCCUACAUUCUGUUCAUGUGCAUCCGGUACGUGGACCAUAUGAAUGACGAAAAUGCGGUGAAGUCGCUUCUGUCUGCCGCGUCCAGCGCCAUCAAGAAAACAGUCCGGAAAAGGCUGAAAGAUUCAGAAACUGUCACCCUAUGGCUGUCCAACACCAGCCAAUUGGUGAACAUUAUGAAGCAGUACAGUGGAGAUGCUGCAUUCCAAAAGAAAAAUACGCCCAAGCAAAAUGAGCAGUGUUUGAAGAAUUUUGAUUUGACUGAGUAUAGGCAGGUGUUUUCGGACAUAGCUAUCUGGAUAUUCCAAGCUGUAGUCCAAAACGUAGAAGAAAAGAUCCACCACCUUAUAGUACCAGCCGUAUUGGAACAUGAAGAGAUUGCAGGGAUGAGUAGUGGUUUUAGACGGCGAACUGCAAGCAGUGCCAGCGAAGCUGGCACACCUGUGGCGACCCAAAAACCCACGACGGCCCUUCUUCAAGAACUAACGCAUUUCUAUAAGAUAUUGACAUUGUAUGCUGUGAGCACCGAAGCCAUCUCCCAAAUCUUCAGGCAGAUUUACUAUUUCAUUUGCGCCUCCAGUUUAAACAAUCUUCUGCUUAGGAAGGAGUUGUGUAAUUGGUCCAAGGGUUUGCAGAUCAGGCACAAUUUAUCCCAUCUGGAGAUGUGGAUCAGAGAAAAACAACUCGACGAAACAUCUAUCCAAAGUACCUUACAACCAAUAAUCCAAGCAGCGCAUCUCCUUCAGGCGCGCAAAACCGAUGAGGAUGUAAAUACAGUGUGUGACAUGUGUAGCGCACUAACUCCGCUUCAGAUCUGUAAGAUACUCCAAUUGUACACACCAGUUGAGUAUGAAGAAAGGGUGCCUGUAUCUUUCAUUUCAAAGGUGCAACAAAAGCUGAAAGAGAGGGAUAUUGGAAAUAAUCCUGCUGCUCAGAACCUGCUUAUGGAUGUGAAGUACAGAUUCGCAACAGUUUUCAAUUUUCACUCUUCUUCAAUUUGCCUGGAAGAUAUCGAGAUACCAGAAGUUUUGCGUCUAGAUAUGCUCACCAAAAUAUAAAACUUAGUUCUGCAGAAAGAAAAACUACAUCGUUCGUGCAAGAUAUGUUCAUAUAAAUUCGUUGAUCCGUUAUAUUUAGUGAAAAUAGUAUUAUGUUGUAUUCUUGAUCUAUUUAUUUUUGUAUUGUAUAUAUUGUUAUGGAUAGGAAAUUUGUUGGUACGUAUGUGUUGAUAUAUUAUAGAAAUUUUAUGAAUGAAUAAGCAAUAACUAUAUUGUUGAAAAAGUAGAUGUUUGCUCUACCUACAGUUCAAGGCAGAUAUGAAUAUUGUGAUCAGUUUAGUUAAAAUGGCUUAAAAUUAGAUAUUGACAUUUUCUGACAUAUAUGGUUACAGGAAUAUAUUUAAACGUAAAGGAGAGUAGAUACCGAAGGGUGUCAGCAUUUGAGACCUUAUUAUUAACAAAUAAUCUCUUUUGUUGAAUGAAGCUUUCUCGACAUUCAUACUUGUCUAGUUCUGGUACAGUUAGAUAUACCUUUGUACUUUUAUCUAAUUUAUCACAGUAGUUCAGAUAUCAUAAUUGAAACACUUUUAUUCUGUAUUUAGUUCAAGAGAAGUAUUAUUUCUAAAUGAAUUAAGUGCCACGUAAUAAAUAUUUGCUUUUACAGCAUUUUGAUUAACAUUCCGCCAGAAGAUACUCAAUCUAAUUGAAAGACUGAAAGACACUUAUGCUCACACCUGACCACCACCGUCUCUACGUGCCAGCGCGUUACCACCUCUCAGACUGCUGUCGCAGGUUUUGAUAUUUCUUUUUCCGUGGUUGAGCAAUUCUGGAAGUACGAAAUCUUAGGAAUAUAAUUUCCAGGGGGUUGAGAGGUGAUCUUUCGACUUGACAAAUUGUGUCAUGUUUAAAGAUAAUCAACUUUAUACAAAAGGAAAAUGAAGUCUGUUUGAUUUCCGAUACGUGAACUACUGCAAUUCUAUUUGGCAACAUGCGUGGCUGUGAUGAUGGAUUUUAUGUGGACGUGCAAAUACAGCAUAUGGUUGAGCAUCUUCUUGGAGAAUAGGCUUAACAAUGCUGCAACAUUCUUAUCUCAUUUUCAUAUCGUUGUUGAUUUGAUCGUGAUUGUCGAUUAUGCACCUCUUAUUAUGCUAUUUUAAUCUCCCCACGUAUGUAUUUCAAAAACUACGCAUCCUAGAAAAAAAGUGUCAAACAAAAUGUGUAAGGUUCGAGGGAAAAACAUGGUGACCUUGACCAUAACAUUGACUGUGACAUACAAGGUCAUUUCAAGAUCAAGCGAAUAUUUAGAAAUGGAACUCCAAGAGGAGGAAAUUUUACACCUUACUGUAACCUUGACUAUGACUAUCAUUAUGACCGUCAAGGUCCAAUCAAGGCAUUGAAAAUAAUUUGCUCCAACAAAAAUGUAGUUGUGAGCUUUGUGGGGUCAUCAUAACGUGCUCUUGACCAUUACUUCCCAAAUUUUACACGUUUAAAUAUAACAUUUCUUGCUCUCUACAAUUUUGGCAUGAAAAUCAAGGGGUUGCUUUACAAAUGAGAUUUAAAAUUGACAUGGUCUUGACUUUGAGGUCAAUGUCCUAUUCGGACGUAACAUUUCCUGAAUUUUCCAAUUCCGGUAAGGGAAUAAGGGAUUUCCUUUAAAAAUGUUGCCUUACCUUGAAGGUCAAGGUCAAGGUCACCUUUGGGUGACCCCCACAACUGCAGUCGAACAAUUUUGCUAGAGGUUAAGAUCAUAUUCGGACGUAGAAUUUCGCAUGAACUAGAAAUGGCCUUGAAGGUCGCGGUGAAGGCCAUGGUCAAGGUCACCAUCAUUUUGCCCCCUCGAAUUCCAACGACAUAUAGGUGGGGAGAUUAAAAUGGGACACCCUGUAAAUUGGGUAUUUUAUAUGUACUUAGUUGAACAAUAGCAAAAAAUCAGCAACUCUACGGAAACCUUUCUAUGCCUUUACAAAAUAUAUGGCAUGAAAAGAAAAAUAUUUCGUUCUGAUUUUUAUGCUAAUAUGUGGGACUAUGAUAAGUAAGUUUAUGACAAUAAAUGAACAGAAAAGUAUUUAUUACAAGUAUAUUCAUAUUUUCCUUAUAAAAAUAAAUCCUUGAAGGGAUUAUCUGCAGAGUUGUUGGAUACGUAUUAAUUAUUAUACUUUAAAUACCAUUAAAUUGUGAUAUAGGUAUUUCCUUACUUUAGAGAUAUAACUCAAUGUAUAUAUAUAUUAGGUUUCGUAGUAGAUUGAAGAAAGUAAGGCUUGCCUCUUUCCUAUGUAACGCCUUAAGUAGUUAAUUGCAUUUAAAAUAUGUUAAAUCCACAAUCAUCCAACAAGAUCCAUACCCCCACGUAACAGACGGUCUGAGUUAUCAAGUGCGCUCGAACUAGCUCAGCUUCGCGCUGUCAAUACAACCGCUAACCUCUGACCAGCCGCGAAAAAACCGCUCACUUACGGUUUGUUCGAAGGCAUCUACUCGGCUGCGCUAUCCUCGGGAGAAACAGCUCACGGGCAAUGUGUUUAGGAAACGGUUAUUAAUGUUAGGCUUUGCGAGAGAACUCGAUAACUUUACCCUUUUUUGGACAGUGGGAACAUUGUAUAGCCACUCUCAGGCAGAAAAGCUCGACAGUAUUGCCUUGUCGGUCUUUCCUGUCCGAAGUGCAAGAUUCUCCAUCAGUGAUAUACUCACUAAACCCCUUCAGUCUUUAGCUACACAUCCUACCGUGGUUAUGCCAGCAGAAUUUCGUCAUGGUGGGUAGCGUUAAGCUUUCAUACCAGAGGUAAAUAGAUGUGUUAUCCUGAAAACGUCGCGCCAGUCCAAUUUGUGGUUUUGUGCAGUAAAUUCACGACGGAUACAUUCGGAGAGGUUGUAUCGCGGGCACCAGAGGUGUGCGGAUGUUCUGUGGCAUCGCGUAGCAGAGCGAAUGUAUGUGGUCCCGGUGGCGCAGACUUGUCUGUUACGCAGGAGGUAUCGAGAUGUAUAGAAAAUUAGGAAAAAACUACAUUUCACAUUCAAUUUAUUCACAAAUGUUCUAGCACUUUUUCAUUAUUUGUUCACCUAAUUUUUAAAGCAGUAACGUGCUCACACGACAGUGGUGUUUUUUUAUAAACUUGUCAAUAUCAAAAGCUCUUAAAAGCAAGCUGUGAGUAAAAAUGUAUAUUUGUGUAGAUGUUUUAAGGGAAGAUAUCAGCCAGAUUGUGUAUUUACAAUUCUAGCUAAAAAUUGUACAUCUCUAAAUGCUUACAUACUGUCAUCUGUCACACAAAAAGUGAUCCUUAAAAAUAGAAAUAUAAUAGGUACUGGAAAGCUUUCAAUAGAAGGUAUAUAUAUAUAUAAUGUUACUAUAAUAUUUAUAUUUACUGAAAUGAUAUAUUUACAACGCAAAGUAUUGUUAGACUUUCAAAUGUAUUCUAUCAUUUUUUUUUAAAUUAUGUCCUGUAAUUAGAAUUUGAUUAUAAUAAGCCGUUUCUAUACUCAGCGAUCCAGUUCAAAAAUUGUUUUUUCGGUAGUUUGUCAAUUAAUAUAUCUUAAAAAGUAAUAUUCUGGAAAUGUGAGUAAAACCUGGAUGUUCAACUGAUCAUUUAUAAUUUAAACCUUAAAGGAUAACGUCAUUGAAGUCAAGGUAUAUCCUUCCUUCCUCUCGACUGUCAAGGUAAAAUUUUUAUAAUGAAGUCAAAAAUCGCUGAACGAGCAAGUCAGUCUCAAGAGACAAAACAGCUGGUUUUAAAUCUUCAGUAUAGCCUGUAUGAAACUGCACUUUACCACAAAAUAUUUUUAGUACUUAAAAAAUGUUUAACUAAAAAAAUAAUGCAGAAUAAUUAUGUAAAGUGUAAAUUGACUAUUCAGACGCAGUUACCAUUUCUGUUAGAGCUUCUAAAUUCUAUUGUGGAUUACUAUUGUUAAUACUUUUCAUAGUUUAAUUCUAUUUAAAAGUGAUGUGAGUAAAAUAUAUUGC